AUGUCGUUUCGCUCUAUCGAUGGCGCAUUUGUCUCACUUUUGAAAAGUCAUCAUCAUUGUUUUGAAUAGUUUUCGUUGUAUACCGACUCCGAUUAAAAUUUGUUAAUUCCUUGAAAAAGUUUACAUUUGGUGGUUUCAUAAGAUGGACGCCACCGAUUCUACCGAUUUAUUGAAGAUAGCCGAAUUGGAUUUUAAUGAAUUCGAGAACAUCAUUGCUGAAAAUCCGAAUAUCAUUACGAAAACAGAUUCUAACGAACGUCAUUUAAUACACUGGUGUGCCUUAAAAGGUCGCGAACGAGCAGUGGAACAUCUGCUAUCCUUUAGCAACUGUCCAAUUGAUUCUCUUGACGACGCUCAAAAUACUCCACUAAUAUUAGCAACUCUUAAAGGAAAUUUGAAGAUUGUCGAGUUACUGCUGAAAGCAGGUGCCAAUAUUAAUUCGAAAAAUUCACAAGGACAUUCCUCGCUGCAGUAUGCAUGCUCAAAGGGCUGGACGGAUAUCGUGCAGUAUUUAUUGGAAAGGAAUGCCGAUGUGAAUGUCAAGGAUGUUCGUGGUGAUACACCACUGCAUCGACUAGCGUCCAUGGGCCGCACCGAGAUUUUGAAACUGUAUUUAUCGAAUACUGUCAAAGCGAUUCUGGAUUGUCCGAACCGUGAGGGCAACACACCAUUGCAUUAUGCCUGCGAGGACGAUGAGUCGUCGUGCGCUUUGUUGUUAAUUGAACAUGGUGCCUCACCGCUGGUACUGAACAAAGAAGAAAAAACGCCGGUGGAUCUGUGCAAGCCGGCAUUGCGUAGGGUGAUCAAGGAGAAGUGUGGUAUUGAAUGAUUUCGUGUGAAUUUCGUAAACAUUAAAUUCGCUCACAAUUGCAACUGAA